AUCAAUGCUCUUUAACUUUAGCAUUCUAUACUAUCCUUUCGCAAUUGAUCAUCGUUGACGGCAUAUCCAUAUAUUUAUUUCAGUAUGCCUGCAGCACCAAAACAGCGCAAGGUCGCCAUUGUUGGGAGUCGCUCCGUCGGGAAAUCCUCACUGACCGUGCAAUUCGUCGAUGGGCACUUCGUUGAAAGCUACUACCCAACAAUCGAGAACACUUUCAGUAAAUCCAUCAAGCUGAAAUCGCAAGAGUUCGCCACAGAGAUCAUAGACACCGCGGGACAGGAUGAAUACAGCAUACUCAACUCGAAACACUUCAUUGGCAUCCACGGGUACAUGAUAGUCUACUCCGUCGCGAGCAAGCAGUCUUUCGAGAUGGCUCGGAUAAUACGAGACAAAAUACUAAACCACCUGGGUACCGAAUGGGUUCCUCUGAUUAUCGUCGGUAACAAGAGCGAUCUGCGACCAGAACAAAGACAAGUACAGCCGGACGAUGGCAAGGCACUUGCAGAGGAAUUCAAGUGUGCAUGGACCGAGGCCAGUGCUCGUUAUAAUGAGAAUGUCUCAAAGGCAUUCGAGCUACUAAUUGCAGAGGUAGAGAAGUCUCAGAACCCAAGUGAGCCAACGGGGAAGAAUGGGUGCAAUAUGAUGUGAGAAUAAGAGCAUAGACGUUACCGGGCAUCAACCAUCGAAGGAGUAGUGGCGUACUUUUGGCUUUAUCUGAUAUCGUCUCAGACAAGUUUGUAUUUGAAAUAAUGCCAUGUAUAUUUGGCAAGGCAUGCCAGAUCUUACUUCAACAGGUCGUGUGCAAAUCUACAUAUGCGGUUAGUUUCAGAUUCUUCUGCAAGUUACUACU